AUGAGCUCAGAGGAUGGCAAUGGCAAGUCACUGUGGGAUGGUGUGGCUUCUUCUCAGCGGCCUUCUUUUCCUUCAGACGGAGCAGACAGUGAUGUUCGGAUUAUUCUUAUUAUUAAGGCUUUGGACAGGAAUUGCGGAGAAUUUCACAAAGAAAGGGGUUUUGAGCAAAGUUUGCGAGCCAAGUUUUUUAUACCAAAUGCAUGCAAGAUAAACAACGGUGACUGUGAACAGUUCUGCAAAGCUGACCACGACAGAGUGGUAUGUUCCUGUGCUUAUGGCUAUGCUCUGGGCAAUGACAACAAAACCUGUGUUGCUGCAGUCAAGUUUCCAUGUGGUAAAAUUCACAGUAGUCAUGAAGUCAGGCCAGAAGACAUCACAGAAACCACGGCAAGUCUAGACGCAUAUUCUAAACAUGAGGAAAGCAGUGAAGUCCUGAGCAAUCACACUGAGGCCACAGGGGAAGCUGACAAUUUACCUACUAUGUGUCCAUGGCAGGCUGCUCUACUACAUGAGGGUGAUCAUUUGUUUUGUGGGGGGACAAUUCUGAAUGAGUAUUUUAUACUUACUGCAGCUCAUUGUGCUAAGCAGCCUGGAGAGCUUGUCGUUCUUGUUGGGGACAUGGACACAGAAAAACAAGAACAAGGUGAAGCAGUGCACAGAGUGGAGAAAAGAAUUAUACAUGAUGCAUUUGAUUUCCAAACUUUUGAUAGUGACAUAGCUCUUAUCAAAUUAAAGGAACCUAUAAAAUUUUCUGAGUAUGUUAUCCCAGCAUGCCUUCCAGAGGAAGACUUUGCUACUGAAGUUCUGAUGAGACAACCAUCUGGAAUUAUUAGUGGCUUUGGAAGCAUCGUUUUCCGUGGACCGCUGGCCAGAAGAAUGAAAGUGUUUCAAAUCCCUUAUGUAGAUAUGGAUACUUGCAAGCCUGCCAUUAAUCUUACGGUCACAGAAAACAUGUUCUGUGCUGGUUAUAGUAAAGAUGGAAGAGAUGCCUGUCUCGGGGAUGGAGGAGGUCCCCAUGUAACCCAAUACAAUGGCACUUAUUUUGUCACUGGUAUCAUUAGCUGGGGUGAAGGGUGUGGAACACCAGGAAAAUAUGGAAUAUACACAAACUUGUCAAAGUUUCUACCCUGGAUAAGAAGCAUCGUGGACCAAAAUUCUUAA